AAGCACCUACCGACCAGGUAUCACAUACCCAACAACACCAUCUCUCGCCUACUAUCAAGGAAAAAGGAUGAUGACAUUCACUCCAUUCCUCCAACUCCCCCCCGAGCUCCGCCACCACAUCUGGCACCUCAGCCUCCCCGACCAAGUCCGACCAGGAGUGUUAUUCCCGUACCGCAAAGGUGAGUAUAGUGACGAAGAUUCCGGUUUCGCGCGCGCGGACCCAGUGAGCGCACCACUGCCCCAUCUGCUCGUCAACAGGGAGGCGCACGGCACGGCGCGCUCGUGGGCGCGCAAACACGGCCUCAAGGUUCACUUCCGCCCCGACAUCGGCACCGGGUCGCACGUCGUAAACCGCCACUUCGACCCGGACUAUGAUAUGCUUUACCUCCAAGGGGCGGAACUUAGAUGCUUUUACAUGGACCCGCUCGACAGACGGGCGGAGCAGCUGCCCAGGGAGAGGAUGUCCAUCCGUGACGACGGGAAGGACCACCCUCGCAUCGCCAUCUCCAGCAUGUUGUUUCAGUUGGAGCCCCGCGCGCUGGAGACGAUCUGGUGGUGCUUUUCACGGUUAGAAAGGGUGUACAUUGUUCUCAAUCCGCCGAGUCUAAAAUCUGCGGAGGAGGGAUGGGAGAUUCUGCCGCGGGGCAGGUUCCUCGCGUAUAGGCCGGAAGGCGGGGCUUUUGAGUGGAGCGAGGAGGGGGAGGGGGAAGGCGAGUGGCCUUGUGGGGAGAUCCUCUAUGGCCGGAUCGAGGAGGCGGCCAGGAAGCUGAGCGGGUCGUUAUCCGCUGCUGGCAUCCAGCGGUGGGAGAUCCGGCCUGUCUCGGUCGUCAAGCGGGGGAAGGGGUUGGCGCAGGUCGCAAGAGUAGGGUUCGGCUCGACAGCAAUUACCCAUGAUUCCCCGGAUCCUUUUCCGCCGCGGAAACUCAUGCGAUACUAUGUUUGA